GGCGUCUCCCUUGUGGAAAGUUUCAAGGGAGCGGCCAUAUUGGUUCCUGAACAAAGCGCCCUGUACGGAAGAGCACAGGUUCCAGCCCAGCGCGACGCUCCCGCACAGGAAGCGGGAGCGGGCUCACUGUGUGGAUGUGACAGCUGUCAUCUUUAAUCUGCGAUGGGCGUCUCAGGGCCUCGUAAUCAAACUGGUGGUCAAAAGAGAGCCCCCACUUCUUCUGAGCCAAUUCAAUGUUCUCAGGACUCCUCCUGGAAAUGAGAAAUAUUGAUCAGGCAUCUGCCCUUUCGGAAGAGUACAGAAAAUGAAGUCCCAGAUCUGUGCUGGAAAGGCCCAAAGGCCCAUGGUGGAAGCUAGAUAAUUUGUGCCAGGAGGAUAAAGGAUCUGUGAUGCAGGCUGAAAGAUUUGAACUGGAUCCAGAAAGCAAUGCUCAAGGGGUUAGUAUCAUUCAAGGAUGUGGCUGUGGAUUUUACCCAGGAGGAGUGGCAACAAUUAGACCCUGCUCAGAGGACCCUGUACAAGGAUGUGAUGCUGGAGAACUAUAGUCACCUGGUCUCAAUGGCGUAUCCAGUUUCCAAACCAGAUAUCAUCUCCAAGUUGGAACAAGGAGAAGAUCCAUGGAUCAUAAAGACAGAUAUGGCAAGCUGCAACUACCCAGAUGCAAACUACACAGACAGGAAGAAUAUCCAUCAUAAUUCCCAAUCAUGUACUUUGGGAACUUUUUCAUUUCACGAUAAGGUAAUAAAAGCAGUCACACAGGACAGUUCAUUUUACCCCAUUAGAAAAAUCUAUCAUGGUGAUGGACAGCUGAAGACCUGUCAGGAAAAUCAAGAUGGAUUUUUCAAGCAAGUUACAUUUCUCAAAACAGUGUUCGAUGCAUCAAGUCAUAAAUAUAAUUCAUUGGAAAAAAUAUUUCAAGAGCAUGUAGAGUCAGAUAUGCCAAAAGAAAGACUUCAUAAAUAUGACUCAUUUAAAAAGAAUAUAAAACCAAAGUCUGACCUACCUUGUUAUAAUACAAGUAAUUCAAGAAAAAAAUUAGAUGACAGUUUUGGUGAUACACAAUCAUCUAGCCACAAUUUAUCUAAUUCUAAUCUUGAGAAAUUACACAGUAGAGUAAUAACCUGUAAAGAUAAUCAUUGUGAAAACAUUUUCAUCAGUAAACAACCCCUUAUUCAGUAUCAAAAUGUUGAAAAUAAGGAGAAAACCUGUGUCUGUAUUACAUGUGGAAAAGCUUUUACUAAGAAGUCACAGCUCAUUGUACAUCAAAGAAUUCAUAAUGGAAAGAAGCCAUAUGAUUGUAGUGCAUGUGGAAAAGCCUUCAGUGAGAAGUUUCAUCUCAUUGUACAUCAGAGAACUCACACUGGGGAAAAACCUUAUGAUUGUUCUGAAUGUGGAAAAGCAUUCUCUCAGAAAUCAUCUCUCAUUAUACAUCAGAGAGUUCACACUGGAGAAAAACCAUAUGAAUGUACUCAAUGUGGAAAGGCCUUCUCUCAGAAAUCACCCCUCAUUAUACACCAGAGAAUUCACACAGGAGAGAAACCUUAUGAAUGCAGAGACUGUGGAAAGGCCUUCUCCCAGAAAUCACAACUCAUUAUACAUCAUAGAGCUCAUACUGGAGAGAAGCCAUACCAGUGUACUGAAUGUGGAAAGGCCUUUUGUGAAAAGUCUCACCUGAUUAUCCAUAAAAGAAUUCACACUGGUGAAAAACCCUAUAAGUGUGCUCAAUGUAAAGAAGCCUUCAGUAGAAAGACAGAACUCACAACACAUCAGUUAAUUCAUACUGGGGAGAAACCAUACGAAUGUGCUGAGUGUCAGAAGACAUUCUCUCGGAAGUCACAGCUCAUCAUACAUCAAAGAACACACACUGGAGAGAAGCCUUAUAAAUGUAGUGAAUGUGGCAAAGCCUUCUGUCAGAAAUCACAUCUCAUUGGGCAUCAGAGAAUUCACACUGGAGAAAAACCGUAUGUAUGUACUGUAUGUGGGAAAGCCUUCUCUCAGAAGUCUCACCUCCCAGGACAUCAGCGGAUUCAUACAGGAGAGAGACCAUAUAUAUGUGUUGAAUGUGGAAAAGCCUUUUCCCAAAAAUCAGACUUGGUGUUACAUCGGAGAAUUCACACUGGGGAAAGGCCCUAUCAAUGUGCUGUAUGUGCGAAAGCCUUCAUUCAGAAGUCACAACUCACUGUGCACCAGAGAAUUCAUACAAUGAUAAAAUCAUAAUAAACUGACCACAGGUAAGCCUUCAGUAUUAGAUCAGGCCUUAAUAAUUAUUAGAAACCUAUUAAUUUGGUUUAAGUAUGGGGAUGAAAUCUUUUAAAAGUAAAUUUCUACAAGGGAAUCAAUAUUUCUAGUGUUAUGAUGUCUGACGUUUUUAGCUAAAAUGAUAUAAAAUAAUUAUGU